UUUGAUCAUCGCUCCUAUUUAUUAUUUACUUUGCUAAAUCCAUAUCACGGGAAUUUUCGUUGAAUUAAUAUGUACAUCUCCUGAUAAAACUGAAAAACAACUUAAAAGAAAAAAUCAACCCCGAAUAGUGGAAAGGCCAAGUAGUAGUACCGAGUAGUGACUAGUGAUGGAAAAGUCUAUAAACAUAUUGGGAUUUAUUGCUGCGGCGGUAGCCACUUUCCUUCUUUUCCUCUGUGUGUGCAUAUACGGCGUUCAUAGUGGCAUACUCUUUACUGUCAUGAUCUUGUUGGCUUUCCUGGCCGGGGGGUUGUGCUCGUUCUUGAGAUUGGUUGAUGUAGUCAGCUCUACUGGUAUGAUGACGCUAGGAUUUCUUAAAGAUAACAGAAAGCUAUUCGUCUUAUUGAUUCUCGGCGCCGGACUUAUCUCGGGCGGACUCACUUUAAUCGCAUUCAUCUGGUGGACUAUAAUAGCUGCCAGUCAUGAUGAGGUAUUUUUGUAUGGUGAAUUUCUGAUUCCCUACGUGUGUGUUAUCCUCUCUGGAAUUGCUGGUCUUGCUAAUGUUCUCUUGGGAUUCCUUCAAUUCCGCAACCCAAGUGUACCAGCAAGUUAGAAAUAGAAAGGACAUGGUAACCAGGGUGGUCAAACACUUGCUCAUAACCAUGGUAACAAAAUGCUCAAGUGCACCAGCGAGUUAGUUAAGCAGUGCUACUGCCGAACAUUUGUUUGUGUUCAAUUUUCAUUACUUUAUUACAGCGAUUAAGUAGA